CAGUGACAUUUCACUGGCCCUACAAUAGAAUUGUUCGCACGAAGUAUUUCAACAGGUUUCCUUCAUAUUUCUUUAUCAAUCCUGACGAUAAAUAUUGAGCGAUCUCCAGUUAGGUGUCAGCAUUUCAGGAAUUGACAUUGGAAUAAUGUUUAUUCUUUUCAAUUCAUAUAGCCAGGCAUAAUGUGAUCUCUGAUUGUACUUUUUUAUAUGGUGUACAGCGAAAGGUCGUAGACUUUUCAUAAACGCACCAGAAUAGGUUAUUCGAUUAAUAGACAUAAUGAGGGUGCUUUCAUGAUUAACUAACCUCAUAAAGACUGGAACAAAAUUAUAUAUAUAUAAAUUGAAUAAAGCUAUUAACAAAUUGCCGCCUAUCUUGGUAUUGAUUUCGCGUUUGAAGUUCGAACAUGCCAUUACGUAAAUGGGUGAAACCAUAAUUUAUGGAUGACCUUUGAACGACACCAUGGUGACCCUGAGAAUGUCUACCUACUUAGUAGGCCCAAAGGAGGAUUAUAAACCAGUGUGAAUAAUAAUGGUUAUGAUUUACAGUUGAUGGUUAGAUUUAGGAAUUAGAUUUAUGGUUUUUAUCACGAACUUACAUAACUGAAAUGCCAAAACGCUCCUUAAUAUAUGAAUGAAUUUCCCACCAAAAUCCAUCGUCUGUUGUUUUUUACCUGCCUAGUUCGUCCAUAAAUUAUAGUGCAGCAAUGCUGGACUGUAUAUGUAGUCAAUUAUUAUUAUAAGUGCACUGGUUUUAUGCGGUAAAAUGUGAUGGAAGAGUGAAGAACAACUAUUAUCGGUCAUUUAAUUACAAAAUAUACAGUAGUCAGAAGAAUUCUUUACGUUCCACCGUACCGAUUUCAGUGCUUUGUAAAAGACAUAACAAUAUCAACUACAAUUUAAUAUUCAAGUAACAAUCCGUGCUUUCAGUUAACCCUGGAAGGAGCGAGUCUCAGAUGUUUAACAUUAUGGUCCGCACUUGAGUGUAGUUAUCAUUAAGUUAGAAGUAAUAAUGUGAUUCGCAGUUGUUAUCGAUUCGCUAUAAAGUCAGACUCUAAUUACCAAUUCAUGUGCUUAUAUAUUAAGCUAAUAAACAUUUACAGGCAUGUAUAAUUUUAGUUAAAUGUACGAUAUAUAUUAUCCUUGCUAAAUAUACUGAUCGGUAAUGCACUGUAACAUUCAAUAUUGAUAUCUGGUAAUAAACAAUAAGUAAUCAAUACAAUCUGCAAUGGCAGUGAUGUAGAGUGAAUAAUGUUAGGACUAUGUUUCAAUAACCAUGUAGUAAAUUAGGAAUAAAUUGUGGCGAAGCUUGAAAUGAAAUAAAUUUAACUUGUUACAUUUAAUACCUAACAUACUCUACUCAUCCUUUUAUCUAUCAUAUUUUAUAUUUACACUGAACUAUCUAAUAAGGGUUUAAUAUAGUUGAUAUUUACAAUAUGAUUGUGCAACGCGGUAAAUGGACUCUUAGAAUUAAAGCCAUUUGCUUUGUGCUCAUUGCCCUUUUCAUUUUACGGUUGAUCAAUAUCUCACCAAGUUUACUCUAUCUUGAUAAUAUGGAACUGAUUCAUGAAGAUAUAUUCGAUUCAAACUCUUCAGAGUUAGAACUGGCUAUGAUACUGCACAAAAGUUAUUCUACUAUUUAUGAAACUUCAGAUCAAAAAUACUCUCUGAGAUUUGAUGUAGAAGAAAAAAGACUGAAGAGAUUAUAUGAUUCCCUAAGUAAAAAUACUUCAGUGAAAACAUUUCUCAACUAUGGAUCUCAAAAAAUUUAUACACCAAUGGAUUUUUCUAAAUGUUAUGCCUCAAAGUGUACAGUUAUCACUGAAAUAGAAAGGUGGCAUGAGGCUGAUGCACUUAUUUUGACGAAGAAUCUAAAACCAGAUGGAAUUCGGCCACUUGGACAAUUAUGGUUUACUUUAAUACAUGAAUCUCCUGAGCAUAUAUCAUUGGAAAACACACUGGAUAACGAAGUUAAUUUUACCAUAUCUUUUCGUUUGGAUUCAACGAUUUAUUCGCCAUACGGUUAUUAUGAACCACAUUUAAAGUAUCAUGAACCAAAAACAAGAUAUCCUCUGCCUUCUCGAAAUUAUGCUGCCGGUAAAUCGAAACAGGUAGCAUGGUUUGUGAGUAAUUGUGGAGCUAAAAGUCCUAGACUACAAUACGCAAAGGAACUUUCAAAAUAUAUCUCAGUUGAUAUAUAUGGUAAAUGUGGUACAAAAAUAUGUCCAAGGAAUUUGGUACGUGAUCCCUUGUUGCCUGACUGUUUUAAGUUAAUUCGUGAGAACUACAAAUUUUACCUGAGCUUUGAAAAUAGUUUGUGUAGAUGGUAUAUAACUGAGAAGCUUUUUAAGAAUGCACUGAAAAACGAUAUACUUCCAAUUGUGAUGGGUGCUUCGAUAGAAGAAUAUGAAAGAGUCGCUCCUCCAUACUCUUUCAUUCACGUUGAUCAAUUCGAAUCACCAGCUAAACUGGCAGACUAUUUGAAGUAUUUGGAUAAGAAUGAUACUGCAUAUAAUGAAUAUUUUGCAUGGCAUGGUCAUGGAAUCAUACAUGAUUGGGAUUCACAACCUCAAUGUGCGAUGUGUCUACUGGCACAUACAUCUCAAGCAUUUGGUCCAUAUUGGGUUCCGAAAGUGGCACGAUGGUGGAAUGAUGGAUGUAAUGGUCGGAAAUUGCGUUGGAAUCCAUGAAUUGUAAAUAUUAACAACACUAACACAGUUGUAUUAUACUUCUUUUGACAAUAGUUCAACUUUCAAUUAGUCAAUUAUGGAUCGCCAACUUAUUCUCUAAUUUCUUUAGGUUAACCUAGGAUUUGGGAAGAUGUUUCAAACAUUGUUCGUGUUCAAUUGUCUGGACGUUUCUCUCAAAUAUGCUGCAUUACAAUCAUGACAGUUGAUCUCAUACACAAUAUUCUGUUGUUCUUCUUUUGAGAACCUAUCCUUAACUUUAACUAAUGCUGAUCUCAUGGUAUCCCAAGCCCAGAAGUAAACUCUUAUAUCAUUUUUGUUUAGAAUCCUUUUGAGUUCUCCUGAUGUUUCACCACGAUAUGGGAUGACUACGGUGGACUUCCAAUCGUUCAGUAUACAUUCUAGUUUGGUUUUUCUUCCAUUUCUAAUAAUCUUCUUUGAAAACUCCUAAUGGUAGUUUUUAUCCUUAAGCGUAGAUAAAACUCUAUUCAAUUCAAUCUGUUGGUCUUCCUUAUCUGUAACGAGAUUCAUACUUUUGUUAAUUAAAUUUUUUACAACUGUGACUUUCGUACAACAAGCAUGAGCACAACCUUAAUCUGAGUAUUUUUCAGAAUGGGUUGACUACUUCAAUACAUUAAUAUUCAACCUAUCAUUAUGUCUUCUAUUAAGCAAACAAUCGGGAAAUUUUUAGUUUGUUGCCAGUG